CUGCUUUUGGCUGACAUUUGAUAGCAGGGGCCCUGUUUGUGAAACAGCCUGUUGGUAACAGUCAGCAAUGAUUAAGCAGUUUGGGACAUGACCGCUGAUGAUGGAGUUUGUGGGGAAAGUUAUUGUGUCGGCUGCUUUUGUGGUGAGCCUGGCUCUAAUUUACAGGUUCUAUAAACUGCGAGCUGCCAAUCCCAGUCCAGGGCGAGUUGUGAAAGACUCAGGAGGCCGGGAGGUCACGGAAUCGGAUGAAAAGGCCAGCAGGGACAAUGGGGAAGGACACCAGCCUUUGCUGAGUUUGCAAAGGGAGGAGAAUAUGGGAAACCUAACAAGGUACAGGAAUCAGUGCCUCAAUAAGGCGGAGAUGAAAAAGCUGAUGGUGGAAAGGAUGAAUCGUGGCUGUGAGCUGGGAACAGAGCACCUCCAGGACACAAGCAGCGCAAGAGGGGUGGUCAGAUCCCACAGGCUAAAGGUGAAGGUGAGACGCCUGGCUUUAUCCCGGCUACUCAGAAACCACAUGGUCAGGAAAGGGGUUUCAGAGGGACAGGAUAAAGUUCCCUUUCCAACAGCCUCAGGCCAUGGGGACUGUUUUGACAACAGCUACACAGCUGAGGAAUAUGACCAUCCAAAUCUCAACACUACAAGCUCAGAAUUAGCAAGGGCUAGCAGUCUAAGCUGUGAAGACGAUACAACAGUCACCAACCAGAAUUGGUUCAUAAAUACCAGCUCUCUGAUAUCUUGUAAUCGAAAACUAGGUGUUUCUGUCAACAGGGAGCCUCAGAAUCACAGCUCCUAUGAUGUUCUAAGUGCUGACAGUGACACACAAAAAAGAAAUCUCUCUGCGGAUCUUCCUGAGUCGGCCUGUGAUCCUCUCAUUUUGCCUCCCUCUGAUCUGAUUAGUGAUACCCCAGGGAUACCCAUAGCAAAUCCACCAACUGAACUCACCAAGAAUGAAAUGCUUAAGAGCGUCAUCUUCAGGCAGUGCACAGCAGGGGGUUCAAGAGAACAAGAGAAUCCUUCUAGUGCCUGUAAGUUACACCCUGACAGCAGAAUUGGAAUAUCCAGUGCUCUAUAUGUUCCCUCCGCAUGUCAAGACAAACAUCAAAAAGUUAAAAUUGGCAAUGGAUCAGAAACUGGGCAAAAUGUUUCACAGUUAUGUGGGGAGUUGAAUCUAUCUGAUGACAAGAUCAUUUCAGCUUCAGAAAUGGCAACUGAGUGGAAAGCACGCAGAGACAGAAGUAACAGUUGUUCUACUGCUCAGAUUACAUUAGAUCCAGCUUCUCUUGAUGUAGACCACCUCAAGACAUCAGCUUCCCAGUGCCAGACAGGAGACCAGCUCAAUGUGUGCCCUGUCAGCUCAACUCGGGAUAAUAUAAUGUUCUGUCAGAGCCUGACAAUCCAAACAAAAGUCGUUGAUUCCUCUGAAUUUGACUCCAGUCCUGAUCAUCCAGAGGCUUCUGGUAUUUCUUCGGAGGCACCUUGCUGUUCAACCAAGUCUGCCAUCACAAUGAUGAAGGAAGGACGAAUAGUCCUCAGGAAAGACAGUAUUUCAGCAAUUGCAGAGACCCCAGCAUUUUUAAUUGAAUUUGACUCAGAGACAAGGGACUGCUCAGAGAAAGGUCACUCUAAUGAACUGAACUCUGGAGCUCCUUCUGUUGAUGACCUCAGCUCCAGUUCUUUGGGCUCACUGGUAGAUUCAUUGUAUUUGUCCCAACCAGACUUCAGCAAGGAAACAGCUAUGGAAGUUGUUGCUGGAGCCAAUUUUAUUCAUAUCCCUUUGAACAAUCAGUCAACUGUUGAAGUCAUGAAGUGCCGCUUGGCUUUGGAGAAUUGUUAUGAGAUUUUGUGUAUUGCAAAGAAACACAAUUUAAAGGACCUGCAGGACGCUGCUUAUCAAGUCAUGAGUGACAAUUACUUACACGUUUUGAAAAACCCAAACAUUUAUGGUCAGUUAAAAGCUGAUGAGAGAGAAUUGAUCCUGCUGAGAAGGAUGUAUGGUAGAACAUACUUAAUGGUAGCUGAUGUAGAUGUUCAAGAGAAUUCUUGGGCUAAGACCAUAGUUCAACCCAACUUGGAAGAUCAAACCAGUGCCAGGCCACUGAAACCUUCUCAAACCAAACACACACUUUACUAUUACAAGGAAGAGAACGACUCUUGGUGUCCAUUAGUUAACAUGGCAAUUGAGUCAAUUUCCAAGGAUUGUGCAUUGUGCACCAUGUAUAAUUACCUUUUCAUUGUGGCUGGUUGUCAGGGAUCUGGCAAGGAAAUCAAACUAUCCAAUAAGGUAUUCUGCUACAAUCCGGUGACGAACAUUUGGAGUGAGAUAUGCCCACUCAAUCAGGCAAGGCCCAACUGUAAGCUUGUGGCUUUGGAUGGAUAUCUUUAUGCAAUUGGAGGAGAGUGUCUUUCCACAGUAGAGAGGUAUGAUCCUAGAACAGAUAGAUGGAUCUUCAUGGCACCACUACCACAAGGAACCUUUUCUAUGACACACAAAGCUACCGUGUGCAAUGGUGAGAUUUACGUGACCAGGGGCACCUACUAUUAUCAGCUUCUCAAGUACAACGCUCGUGAAGACACAUGGAAUGUCUGCACCAUGAUGAGUAGGAAGGACAAGACCACUGAUAUAGCAGCAGUCAAAAACUUCAUCUACAGAUUUGAGAUUAACCAACACCAUGGUAUCAGUGUGUACCAAUAUCACGUUAUCACCAAAACUGGUUAUGAAUGUGCUACCAAAAGACACAGCAAGCUAGCACCAUUUCACUGUGUUGUCAUGGGUGACACAAUUUAUUGCAUAAAUAAACAUUUCAUGAUGCAGUUUGUUGCUCACGAAUUGUCACCCUAUUUCAGAGCAGAAGAUUACACUGCCCUUCCUGAAGCAAAGGGAAUCCUUUUUCCCUUUGUACUUACACUACCAGAAAAAGCCUCAUUCCAGACUCGAGUGUAAAUACUUACGGGACACAAAGCCUAAACCUCUGCUCAAAAUCUUCACUUCAGAUGAAAGUAGGUUCUGAAGCUGCUUCAUAUUGCUUAAUGUUGGUGUAUUGAUAUGUCUGAUUCCCUUUCUCUCACGUUCAAAGGAUGGCUGUCUCUGUGAAAGUCUCCAUCUGCCUGUUUGAUGAAAAUACACUGCUUUUGUGGAUUUCUUUGCACUGCCCCUCAGAUUCAGCAAUAGAUUAGAUUACUUACAGUGUGGAAACAGGCCCUUCGGCCCAAUGAGUCUACACCGACCCGCCGAAGUGUAACCCACCUAGACCUAUUCCCCUACAUUUACCCCUGCCCCUAACACUACGGGCAAUUUAGCAUGGCCAAUUCACCUGACCAAUUCAGCAAUAGGUUCACUAUUAGAUGACUUUAACAAAGUGUAUGAGAAUUGUCCCGAGUGUAUCCCCACUUCAGGCUGAGCAUAAUGUGAUGCAGAAAUCUAGAUGAAUGUUCAUAAUGUCCAACACCACCAAUUUUUAGGAAGGAGACAAUUACUGAUGAGGUCUAUCCAGAGCUCAGUGGGGGAAAGGAAUGAGUAACUAAGCUGUAUGUUCAAGGAAGACUGAUCCUCAGUCGGGUCACAAGCUUCAGUGGAACUGUCCUGUCAUUCCAACGGGUGAAUGCUGCAGGAAGUCAGAUGCAGCUUCUCUUGCCUUAUCUAGUCCAAUAGCUCUUGGCUGCUCAGAGUCCGGGUUUAUACAUAGCCAUGUGGAUCAGGCUGCAGAAAUACUUACCCAUAUUCAAGGUAAUGUGCUUCAAAGAAAGAAAAAUGUUUUCAGAAUAAACGCAAAGAAAAUUGAAGAUCUUUUUACUGCAAUAAUCAAUCAGGGAGCUUUGUAGGAUGAUCACAGCUGACCCCACUAUGGGGAGAAGGUCAAACAUGUGAAUAAGGUCAUCCUUUCACAUCAGAAAUUUCUGCUGUUCCUCUACCACAGAGCUCCCUGUUUGGAUUAAAUCAAUGCAAAUGUAAAGAAGAAUGAGAGAGAGAAAAAAACCAAUUUAAAGUGUUUUCAGAGCAAUGCAGAAGAUAUCCUUGAACCUUAAAUGAUGACUACAGCUAAUUCUUUUCAGGGCCUCAUUCUGGCAAAAUGACUUUUUUCUGGCUUAAUCACUAAGCUUGGGAAGGCUCUAUGUUUAAAGAGUAGGUUUAAAAUAACAUAUGUAUGAAUAGGGAGGGGUUGAUCAGCUUAGUUCCUGUUCUGGCUGAGAUAGGGUGAGGAAGUCAGCCCUGAGUCUAUCUGUAGUUAAAAUCAUGGACCAUGCCAUGUUCCAGUGAAUAAUUCCCAGGGACCUUCAUUUUCUCUGAAUUAAGAUAGAAGCUGGACUAUAAACAACCUUAAAAAUUGGAAUAUAUUAAGCUAAAUAUCUCAAGAAUCCAAAUUCCACCUAUAAUGCCUACCAGAUGAAAGCAACUUUCAAAUGGUCUCCUCAGUGCUCAGCUACUCUUAACCAAGAGCCCAAUGCCAUAGUGUUCUUCAUUUGCUGGCACUGCAGCAUCACAAAACCAUUUGCACAUCAAUAUGAUAAAAUAAUUAUGGGUUGAAACUUGCGGGUAGAGCUUUUGCUCUACACUUAGGGUCAUUCCUCUCCUGCUCACAAUCCCUUGCUCUCUUUAAGUAGCUGUAAAAGGAAUAUGAUCAAACUAAAUCAAACUCAGUUAGGUCUCCAGUCUCAGAAGUGGCAGUGACAGAUGGGUCAUCCUACACACUAUCUUUCCUUUGCAAAUCAGACUCAGAAUUGAAAGGUGUGAGGGAUGGUCAUCUUAUACGUGUGCAUAUAAAUAUAUUAUUUACAUACAUGGAGAGAAAAAGAGAGUGUUAGUCUUUUUCAGAAGGCCUUAUGGUGCAGUGGUAGCAUCCCUAUCUUUGUACCAGAACCUUGUAUCAGCACUUGUUGGCCACGGGAAGUACAUUUGUGACUUGGCCAAAUAGAUGAUUAUCAAACUGUAAAUCCAUCCAAUGUAUGUGCUAGAAGGCAGCAAAAGUGAGGGAGUUUCCUGGUCAGCCGUUCUGCAGAAGACAAUGGCAGACCUUUGCAGUACUUUGGUUAUAAAUGUGGACCAAUCCAAAGGAAAUCCAUGGUCCAAAUAUUGGAAAUGAGAACAGAAGAAAUGACAAACAGAGUCUGCCUUUGUGUUAUUGAUGUUACAGUACAAGGAGAGCUAAUCUGCUCUGUUUGUUUGAAUGUUUUAUUGAGUCAUACAGCAUGGAAACAAUCCCUUUGGUCCAACUCAUCCAUCCUGACAAAGUUUCCCAAACUAAACUAGUCCCACCCGCUUGUGUUUGGUCCAUAUCCUUUCAAAACCUUCAUGAACCUAUCCAAAUGUCUUUAAAAUGUUGUAACUGUACCUGCAUCUACCACUUCCUCUUGCAGUUUAUUCCACACAUGAACCAUCCUCUGUGUGAAAAAGUUGCCCCUUAGGUCCCUUUUAAAUCUUUCCCCACUCACCUUAAAAACAUACCCCCUAGGUUUGAACUCCCCUUCCCUAGGGAAAAGACCUUUGCUUUUCAUCUUAUCUAUGCCUCUCAUGAUUUUAUAAAGCUCUAUAAGGUCAUCCCUCAACCUCCUAUGUUCUAGUGAACAAAGUCCCAACCUAUCCAGCCUCUCCUUAUAACUCAAACAUUACAGCCCUGGCAAUAUCCUGGUAAAUCUUUUCUGAAUGCUGUCCAAUUUAAUAAUAUCCUUCCAAUGGCAGGGCGGCCGGUACUGGAUACAGUACUCCAAAAGUGGUCUCAUCAAUGUCCUGUACAAGCUCAACAUGACGACCCAACUCAAUGGUCUGAGCAAUGAAGGCAAGCAUGCUUGCCCUUGUUUGUUUUAUCAAAAUGCAAUACCUUGCAUUUACCCAAAUUAACCUAUGUCUGCCAUUCCUCAGCCCAUUGGCCUAAUUGAUCAAGAUCCCUUUGUAAUCUUAGCCUUCUUUAUUGUUAACAAUACGACCAAUUUUGAUGUCAUCCACAAACUUACUAACCAUGCUAAACACCUUCCUAACCACCUUGUCUAUCUGUGAUGCAACUUUCAAAGAACCAUGCACCUGAAUCCCUAGCUCUCUGUGUGCAACAAAACAACCCAGAGCCCUUCGAGUGGGUGGCACGGUGGUACAGUGGAUAGCAAUGCUGCCUCACAGCACCAGAGUCCUGGGUUCAAUUCCUGCCUCAGGUGACUCUCUGUGUGGAGUUUGCACAUUCUCCCCGUGUUUGCUCCGGUUUCCUCCCACAAUCCAAAAAUGUGCAGGUUAGAUGAAUUGGCUAACUUACUAAUCAUGCGCCUAAAUUCUCAUCCAAACUAUUUAUAUAAAAGACAAACAAAAUUUGACCCGGACCGGUCCCAUGGAACACUGCUGGUCACAGGCCUCCAGUCCGAAAAAUAACCCUCUACCACCAUCCCCUGUCUCCUACCGUCAAGCCAAUCUUGUAUCCAAUUGGCAAUCUCUCCCUGAAUCCCAUCUGAUCUAACUUUACUAACCAGCCUACCAUGCCAAACCUAGUCAAAGGCUUUAUUAAAGUCCAUAUAGACAACACUUACUCUUCUGUCCUCUUCAAUCUUUUUGGUUGCAUUCUCAAAAAACUCAAUCAAGUUUGUGAGACAUGAUUUCCCAUGCACAAAGCCAUGCUGACUAUCUCUGAUGAGUCCUUGCCUCUCCAAAUACAUGUAAAUCCUAUCUCUCUCUUUUUAACUUCUGCGAAUCUAACUGUUGACAGACCCCUAACAAUGUUAGAUUUUUAAUCAAUCAUCAUCACCAGGAAGGAACCCAUCCAAAAUCAAACCAUGUUGUCCCUCCUCUGAAAGCUUUAUCAUGUCUCUGGCAAACAGGACCAAUCUGAGCAUCAAGUGAACUUCAAAUUCCAGAUUGAACAAUCUGACAGUGUGGUAUAGUUUGCUACAAGCUGAAACUACCACCAAGUCUCCUGCAUAGUUUCAAUUGUAUUUCAUAAUAUAUAGAGUCAAGAUUAGAAUGGUGCUGGAAAAGUACAGCAGGU